AGAAAAAGAAAAAGGUGAAAGACAUAAUAAGUAUAUAGAUAAUCCACAGUUUGAUCUCAGGACACUUGUAAAAGUUAUUGGAAGAUUAAAUGUGUUUAAUGGAAAAAGAAAAAUUAUUUUUGGCACAGGAAAAAUAU